UUAAAGAGGACAAUAGUCUAUAAAAUCCCGUGGGAAAACGUUUUUCCUCACUUGUGCUUCCGACUCUAGACAUGACUUCACCUGCCUUCUUACUAUUAGCUUCAGUGGUUGUUGCUCUCGCUUCAGCACAGGAAGAUGAUAGUUGCAGGACUCGACCAGCCGGUUGGCCAGAGAGGCCACCGCAAUGCUGCAGUCUUCCUUUUCCGCUAGAAGGCAUGAAACGGCAGUUCGGCGCUUGCAUACGUCAAAUCGGCAGACCUUCUUCAGCAGUCCCAACAGCUAAAGCCGUGAGAGAUGCAAGACUGUGUAUCGAAGAGUGUGUUUACAAAGGUCUUGGAUUCUUCGAUAAGUCCCUCAAGAAAGAGUCCAUAGCCGAGGAGCUUAAAAAGGGCGUCGAAAAAUAUCCACUUUGGACAAAACCCAUGAACGAUGCAGUCAAGGCCUGCUUUGAAGAAGCAGACAAAGCGGAACAAGACGAAUCCUUGUGCGACCAAACGCCACACGUUUUCACGCAUUGCGUAAUGCGACAGCUUUUUUUGACCUGCCCUGCAUCAGAAUGGACUGACAGCGAGGAUUGCAAGCUCGUCAAAGGAAGGAUGGAAGUCUGUCCCAACAUCCCUCCUCCUCCGCCUCCACCACCACAGAGGCCUCCCCAGGGCUUUCCGAGGUACAGGCAGGAGUAAUGCCAGCAAUCGUGCAAAUAACAGUUCCUACACGUGCAAUAACACUACAACCGUCCUUUGGAAAAGUUACCAAAUCUGUAAUAAGAAAGAUUUCGUAAUAAAAUCGUCAAUUACAAACUUGA